CGCAUAAUUUAUUCCAUCUCAAACAAAUAAUAUAACAGCACUGGAACGCAGUUAUUAACAGCGCAAAAACGCAAACGAGUUCGACGAUAACGCGCUGAUAAGUCACACUUACAUUUUUCUGACGAUAUUUGAUAAUGACUCGGCUUAAAAUCUAACUAUAACAUUCGUGACGCGCAGUCGAGCGAGAUUGCUCACCGGACGAAAAUCGGACGAGAACCGAAUGAGGACAACGAGUCAAAUCGUAGUUUGACGCAGUUGUGAUUAACAAUUAACAGCUAUUCACCAUGGCUUACAACAUUUUGCUCGGGAUCAUCACGCUCCUCCUGGCCGUAUAUUAUUUCAUCAGGGUGAAGUACAACUACUGGAAGGCUCGCGGUGUGAAGGGACCAACGCCGUUGCCCCUCGUCGGCAACUUUGGCGGGAUCUUCUUCAACAAGACUUCGGUGGUGGAAUUCCUGAAGAAAGUCUACAACGAAUACAAGAGUGAGCCGCUGAUAGGGGUCUACUCGGGGGUUAAUCCCAUCCUGGUGGUGAAGGAUCCCGCGUUCAUAAAGGACAUCCUCAUCAAAGACUUUUCCGUCUUCGCCAAUCGCGGUACAUUUGCACGUGACACGGUAGACGUAUUCGCUUCCAAUCUCUUCAGGAUCGAGGCGCAGCGAUGGCGACCGCUCAGAGCCAAGCUCUCGCCAACCUUCUCGUCCGGCAAGCUGAAGAACAUGUUCUAUCUCCUGAAACAGUGCGCGAAUAACUUCGGGCAGUACUUGGAUCGCCUGGUAGCGCAGGAGAAGAUUAUCGACUGUCCCGCGAUCACGUCCAAGUUUACCGCGGACGUGAUAGGCACCUGCAUCUUCGGGAUUGAUAUGAAGGCGUUAGGCAAUGACAAGUGCGAGUUCCUGGAGAUGGGCAAGAAGAUGAUGAAGCCGAGACUGAAGGUGCGGAUGAAGGAGUUCGUGAGGAACUGGCCGUGGCUCUUUGACAUCGUUGGCAACUUCUUGCUCGACCACGACAUCAUCGAGUACUUCAUGACGAUGGUCACCAAGACGAUCGACUACAGAGUGAAGCACAACAUCAUCAGGCACGACUUUAUGGAUAUACUCACGGACCUCAAGAAAAAUCCGGAGCAACUUCCUGAACUAGAAGUGACAGACAAGCUGAUCGUGGCACAGGCAGUCGCGUUCUUCAUCGCAGGUUUCUUCACAUCGUCGAACGUGAUGAGCCACCUGCUGUACGAGCUGGCCUUGAACCCGCACAUGCAGGAAAGGCUCAGGACGGAGAUCACAGAGGCGGUUGAGGAGACCAACGGUGACAUGGAAUACGACAACUUGAAAAAGAUGGAUUACCUUGAAGCGGUUUUCAAAGAGAGCUUGAGGAAGUACCCGGCAGUGACUCACCUCAUGAGAGAGUCGCUCGAGGACUACACCUUCUCCGGGACGCAGGUGCACAUCCCGAAGGGACAGUCGAUCUGGAUACCGGUGUACUCGCUCCACCUUGACCCUACAUUCUACCCUGACCCGCACGUCUUUGAUCCCGAGCGGUUCAUGAAGAACGACGGGGACUUGGGAAACUCGGUGCCCUACCUGGGAUUCGGAGACGGAUCCAGGAAUUGCAUCGGUGCCCGUUUCGCAGUGCAACAGACCAAGGUCGGCAUAAUAGAGAUCCUGAAGAACUUCAAGGUGGACGUGUGCGAGAAGUCUACGUUCAAAUACGGCGACCAGCCGCGGCUGUUCCUGCUUACGGCAAGCGAGGGCACGUAUCUGAAGUUGACGAGACUCGGCAAGGACUGAUCUCCCACGGUACAGUUGCGGACGUAAUCCUUUCAAUAGUGUUACUAUUGUAUAAUAUUCAUAGUGCAUUUAUUUUCCUAGCUUCUACGCUGUUGUUAAUUAAAACUAACGUAAAAAAUAUCUCUAAGAUUGUCGCGUCUGAGUCAAGAAUGAUGCUGGCGGACGCUUGUAUGCGUUUAAUAAAAUAAAUAACAAUAUUUCUAUUAAGACGA